GCUCUAAAACCUUUCCAUCUAAUGUCCAGAUUCACCUUCUAAACUAGAAGAAGCGCUGAGUUUGUCUCCGCCCACCGGAACACAUGAGUCACCUGUUCUCUCUCACGUCCGCAGUUCAGACAUUAAUACCGGCGGUCAGACAGCGUCUCCUCAUUGGUUUGUAACGAGCCAAAGUCAGCAGUAGAAGAUGUCUGGCCGCGGUAAGGGAGGUAAAGGACUCGGUAAAGGAGGCGCUAAGCGGCACCGUAAAGUGCUCCGUGAUAACAUCCAGGGGAUCACCAAGCCCGCUAUCCGCCGUCUGGCUCGCCGCGGCGGAGUCAAGCGGAUCUCCGGUCUCAUCUACGAGGAGACCCGCGGUGUGUUGAAGGUCUUCCUGGAGAACGUCAUCCGUGAUGCCGUCACCUACACCGAGCACGCCAAGAGGAAGACGGUGACCGCCAUGGAUGUGGUGUACGCUCUCAAGAGGCAGGGCCGCACCCUGUACGGCUUCGGAGGAUAAACCAGAAACUACUGCCUAGGACAACAACAAAGGCUCUUUUA